UUGACAACAUAUGCCAAGAUCAAGGUCAUUGGGGCUGGGUCCGUGUUUGUAAAGUUUUACCCAUAAGAUAUAUGGUUCCUUAUAUGAGAGCAAUCGAUUCGCAGUUGGCACAGCUUAGAUUUGAUCUCGACUGUCAUCCUAUGUGUAUCUUUAUACUAAGAUAUAUGCAUAUACAGAGUGUUAAUAAAUCAUCGCAUUGGCGGUCGUCCUUCGUGGCCUUCGCGUGCGCCUCUUCUCCUGUCCGUUGGGCUCGCGCGCUGAUUGGCCCAAAUUAUUAAUUUUCAAUAAUUAAUUACUCGGAACCUAAUGAUCGGAUCGACUUGUAACAAACGGCAUUUUUCUUAGAUUUUCGCGCGCUAUCCGACGUUAUACCGCCAAUGCGAUGAUUUAUUAACACCCUGUAUAUUAACGGUCGCAUGUAAAAAAUACGAAGUGAAUUGUAACCCUUUUAGGGAACAACAAUGAAAUGAAACAGCUUCUCUAAGUCAUUGCAUCAAUCGUUUCGUGAUAUUUAUUCAGUUGAGUUUUUAAAGCAUUUAAUACUGUUCCUCAUGGCGAUGGGACUUACAGAGAAAAUAAAAUGAUCUUGUAAACAAGAACAAGUUUUCCUUGCGUUUUCUCCUUUAUAGUGUCAAUCAAAUCAUGUCAUAUUUAAUAAUAUCUCUGUACGAAUAAUACAGUUGUCGAUCUCAACGCCACUCUUGUUUCUAUUGUGGAUCUAUUCCCGGAAACAAGUAGAAAUAAGAUAAGAAAUAAAUAAAAAUCUAUCUAAUUGAAUUGACAAAUUGACGAAAAAGAAAUUACACGAACGUAGCUUUAACUUAUUUUUUUUAUAAAGAUACCUUUCGACAUACGUGAAACGGUGAAACUGUAUUAAGAUCAAGGAAAAUAAUCGGAGAAACGAAUUUAAUUAGAUUUCCAUACCGGUAGAAAUAAUAAAAGAAUUGAAAUUAAUAUAUUUAGAGUAUCAUACCAUCGAUAUUUCUUUUCCGUUUACGUGUAUGUACGUAAUAUUUCGCUGACUCUUCUUUUAGGGGUAAUUUUAUUUUUCAAUUUCUUUAAUGGGGCACAAAUUAUUUUUAAUGGUUAAAAUAGUGCAAAAUAAUUACUGAAAGAUCUAACUUGUUGUUAAUCACAUUUGAUUUUACCGAUUCAUUCCGUAGAAUUCUUUAUGAUAUAAAAUAAUACAAAAUUGCUAAAGAAAGUUUAAAGUUCAGUAUACUGUGGUUCAGUGAUGUCAGACUGGUCGCGUUUUUGCGACAGUAACCAGCGAUGUAUUGGUAAUACCGUAUAAUGGGCACAGGUAUGAGACUUGAAUUAAAACAUAAGUUGAAAUUUUUAAGUAUUUAAUAUUGUUAUUCAUUGUAACGGAGAACUUAUAGAGGCUAAAUAAAAUAAUCUUAUCAGCAAGAACAAGUAUCGUUCUAUUCCUUAUAAUACAUACUUCGUACUUUCUACUGUCAAAUCACAAUUGACAAAUGUCGAACGUAACCCAUGUAGAAAAGCCCGGGGAAAGAUACAGCGCGACAAUUAACCGAAUCCGCGACACCGUCCGAAAACUAGAAGAAAGCUUGAAAUGUGCGCGGGAUUUGGAAGCUGCCCGCUUUUUGCGGUAUUACGUCUUGAAGUCUCGCGAUAAAAUUCUGACGGAUGAUGUGAGAAAGAUUAAAAGGCGAAAUGAACAGAUGUUGAAUUUAUUUCGACAAAGCGUCACGGACGUUCAGCUCGGAUCUCUGGACAUAUUGCCGGAAACUCUGAGGAGAGAAGUGCAGAAAACGUGGCACCAGAAGUAAUCUCUUUUAUCAAUUAUCUCUUUCAUCAAUUAACGAUUUGUACGUUCACAUAUUACAUUUCAGAUACGACGCUUUGUUAUCACAGAACGAGCAAUUAAAGAAACAAAUUAUCAUUAUGGACUGCGCGAUGAAACAGAAACAGAAAGAGGUAUGCAUGAGACUUUAUUCGUUGCUAUAAAUUACAAUGUAGCAUAGAAGCAAAUAAAAUAUGUAUAAAACACAUCAUUUUUCACGAUACGCGCAUACAUAUUUUUAAUGUACCGGAUACUAAUUUAUGCAUCAAAUUAAGCUUUAGUGUGUCAAGCUACGUAUUUCAUAUUUCGCAACUCUUAAAUCCUAUAUGUAUGUGUUGUUAUUCUCUUUGAUAUUUUAUUAUAUGAUUUCCAAUACAAAAGUGCUCUAUAUUAUAGAUCGAUAUUUUGCAACAGAGAUUAAUCAUCGCAGAAAUAAAUCUUAAGGAAAACACUGGAACAAUUUGCAAAAGA